AUGUGUCGCUUCCUGGUCUACAAGGGAAGUGACGAGAUCCUGCUCUCCAAGCUCAUCCUCGAACCGUGCCACUCCAUCCUCAGACAAAGCUUCGACUCUCGCCUGCGACUAGACACGAGGCGCGGAGCAAACAAUGCCGAUGGCUUCGGAAUAGGCUACUACACCAGCCCCAAGCUGGGCGCCGAGCCCUGCAUCUUCACCUCGACUACACCCGCCUGGAACGAUCCCAACCUGCAGCGAAUCGCCUCCAAGACCGCCUCUCACCUCAUCUUUGCCCAUGUGCGAGCCACCACCGAGGGCUCCACCUCGCCAGACAACUGCCACCCUUUCGAACAUGGCAGCCUCAUGUGGAUGCACAACGGUGGACUGGGUGGAUGGAAGCACAUCAAGCGCAGGCUGGCCGAACGUCUGGCCGACAAGUGGUAUCUCGGCGUCAGGGGAGGCACCGACAGCGAAUGGGCAUUCGCCUUGUUCCUCGACACGCUCGAGCGCAUGGGCCAUGACCCUAGCUCCUCUCCGAAGAAGGGCUUCGGCCCCAUGGUAUUGAGGAAGGCUCUGUUGAAGACCAUCGCGCAGAUCAACGACUUGAUCGAUCAAAUACCCGAGAGCACCCUGCACAGCGAGAACAUCGACACGCGAAGCCUGCUGAACUUUUGCGUCUCGGACGGGCACAGUAUUAUUUGCACCAGAUAUAUCAACAGCUCCACCGACGAGGCAGCUAGUUUGUAUUACUCCUCGGGCACCCAGUGGGAGACGAGGCAGCAUGAUGACAACGAGAACUAUCAAAUGAAGCGACGCGAUAAGGGUGCUGAUGUUGUCCUCGUUUCCAGUGAGCCUCUGACAUUCGAGAGAGAAAACUGGAUCAACGUUCCCACAAACUCCAUCUUGACCAUCCAUGACCAGACCGCAUUCGUCCAGCCAAUAAUAGACCAAUUUCAUCACAAAGAUCCCUGGCACCGUCGCUCUGCAGGCUUCGUUCAAAGCAAGGGCCUCGCUGCGAACGAGAAGACCGCUCCACCUCUGGCCAUGCCCGACCCGGCCGCGGCUGUCUCCGAGGGCAACUUGCAGGCUGAAAUGUUUCGCAAAAGGGCCAACCUGGGGCCAACAAUACCGUUCAGCUUGAUGAGGUCUAUAACCCCCCAAAUCACGCGAAGCAAUACGUCUGAGACGCCCAGCAUUAUUGCCGCAUCACCUCGACCUUCUUAUUCAAACGUUGAUACCAGUAAAAGCACGGACUUCAGAACAGUGACCGGCCCCCCAGUCAACAGACAGGCGUCGACCUCGAAUCCACCGGCGCUAGGCAACAUCAAGAAGAAGAGGAUGUCGCUCAGUAACCUUGACCAGCUUCCAGGCCCGUCCCCGUCGGAAACAGAACCGCCGACCCCGUUGAGUCCGGUUGACAGAACCUCCUAUGGGGACCCGAAUAAAAUCGCGCAAUUCUUCCCAGAGCUUGUAAUUUCGCCUUGA